GGGCUGUGGCGCUGCGGGGCUGCGCGCCCGGAGCGGGGCUUGGGGGCCCGGGCCGGCCAGGGGACGCUGGCGCCGGGGGACACACCAGCAUGAGGCGGAGAUUAAUGUGACAGAAUCAAGUGGAUCAACAGUCAUCCCACUGCCCCCUUUGUUGGGGGGUGCUGAGAGUGGGGAAGCAUGGAGGACAGUAAGAACGAGACGAUGAAUCGCGCUCACAUCCUCUUUGACCGGUUUGUGCAGGCCACCACCUGCAAGGGGACCCUCAAGGCCUUCCAAGAGCUCUGUGACCACCUAGAACUGAAGCCUAAGGACUACCGCUCCUUUUAUCACAAGCUCAAGUCCAAGCUUAACUACUGGAAAGCCAAAGCGCUGUGGGCAAAGUUGGACAAGCGGGGCAGCCACAAAGACUACAAAAAGGGAAAAGCGUGCACUAACACCAAGUGUCUCAUCAUUGGAGCUGGGCCCUGUGGUCUCCGUACAGCCAUUGACUUAUCCUUAUUGGGAGCUAAAGUGGUCGUUAUUGAGAAACGAGAUGCCUUCUCCCGCAACAAUGUCUUGCAUCUCUGGCCAUUCACCAUACAUGAUCUGCGAGGUCUGGGUGCCAAGAAGUUCUAUGGCAAGUUCUGUGCUGGAGCUAUCGACCAUAUCAGUAUCCGUCAGCUUCAGCUAAUACUUUUGAAAGUUGCCCUGAUCCUGGGCAUUGAGAUCCAUGUCAACGUGGAAUUCCAAGGUCUUGUACAGCCUCCUGAGGACCAAGAAAAUGAACGGAUAGGUUGGCGGGCACUGGUCCACCCCAAAACCCAUCCUGUGUCAGAAUAUGAAUUUGAAGUGAUCAUCGGAGGGGAUGGCCGUAGGAACACCUUGGAAGGAUUUCGCCGGAAGGAAUUUCGUGGCAAGCUGGCCAUUGCCAUUACAGCAAAUUUUAUUAACCGAAAUACAACAGCAGAAGCCAAAGUGGAAGAGAUCAGUGGAGUGGCUUUUAUAUUCAACCAAAAAUUUUUCCAGGAACUGAGGGAAGCCACAGGUAUCGACUUGGAGAAUAUUGUCUACUACAAAGAUGACACACACUAUUUUGUUAUGACAGCCAAAAAGCAGAGUUUGCUAGACAAAGGGGUGAUACUGCAUGACUACGCUGACACAGAGCUCUUGCUUUCCCGGGAGAAUGUGGACCAAGAGGCUCUGCUGAACUAUGCCAGGGAGGCGGCUGACUUCUCCACUCAGCAGCAGCUGCCUUCUCUGGAUUUUGCCAUCAAUCACUAUGGGCAGCCUGAUGUGGCCAUGUUCGACUUCACUUGUAUGUACGCCUCUGAGAAUGCUGCCUUGGUGCGGGAGCAGAAUGGACACCAGUUACUAGUGGCCCUGGUUGGGGACAGCCUCCUAGAGCCUUUUUGGCCAAUGGGGACAGGAAUAGCCCGAGGAUUUCUAGCUGCUAUGGACUCAGCCUGGAUGGUACGAAGUUGGUCUCUAGGAACAAGCCCCUUGGAGGUCCUGGCCGAGAGAGAAAGCAUUUAUAGGUUGCUGCCUCAGACCACCCCUGAGAAUGUGAGUAAAAACUUCAGCCAAUACAGCAUUGACCCUGUCACCAGAUACCCCAACAUUAAUGUCAACUUCCUCCGCCCGAGCCAGGUGCGCCAUUUAUAUGAUACUGGGGAAACAAAAGAUAUUCAUCUGGAAAUGGAGAACCUGGUGAAUUCCCGAACUACCCCAAAGUUGACUCGCAAUGAGUCUGUAGCUCGUUCAAGCAAACUGCUGGGUUGGUGCCAAAGGCAGACAGAUGGCUAUGCAGGGGUAAAUGUGACAGAUCUCACUAUGUCUUGGAAAAGUGGACUGGCCUUAUGUGCGAUCAUCCAUAGGUACCGCCCUGAUCUGAUAGAUUUUGAUUCUUUGGAUGAGCAAAAUGUGGAGAAGAAUAACCAGCUGGCCUUUGAUAUUGCUGAGAAGGAACUGGGCAUUUCUCCCAUCAUGACAGGCAAAGAAAUGGCCUCGGUGGGGGAGCCUGACAAGCUUUCUAUGGUGAUGUACCUGACUCAGUUCUAUGAGAUGUUCAAGGACUCACUCCCCUCCAGUGAUGCCCUGGACCUGAAUGCCGAGGAGAAAGCAGUUCUUAUAGCCAGCACCAAAUCCCCCAUCUCCUUCCUCAGCAAACUUGGGCAGACCAUCUCUCGGAAGCGUUCUCCCAAGGAUAAAAAGGAAAAGGACUUGGAUGGUGCUGGAAAGAGGAGAAAGACCAGUCAGUCGGAAGAGGAGGAUGUGCCCCGUGGUCACAGAGGAGGAAGGCCCACACUGGUGAGCACCCUAACAGACAGGAGGAUGGAUGUGGCCCUUGGCAAUCAGAACAAAGUGAAGUACAUGGCGACCCAAUUGUUGGCCAAAUUUGAAGAGAAUGCACCCCCACAGUCCACUGGCAUGAGGAGACAGCCGACACAAGAGCGUGGGGUCAGCCAGCCGUCCUGCUGCCUACCUGAGCAGGGUCGCCCUGCUCCCACCCCCCAGUGGAAACAGCGACGGGAAAAGGAGCGUUCUCGGACCUGCCCCAAAAAAGUGAUCACGCUCUCUCCUCCCCCUACUCCACCUCCCUGUCGGGCGCGUGGCAGCCAGCAGACAUACAGGGAUCUUGAUGCUGACAGCCGUGGCAAGCAGAGUCCCCAUCAGGAGAGGCCAGAGCCUGAACCUUCUCGUCGAUUUUUUGUUGACCAGUGGGAGCUUUCUGUUAGUCUCCGCUCCUCCAACCGCCCCGCCUCUCCCUCCUCUGACUCCCUCCGACAGAAGUAUAUAAAGAUGUACACGGGCGGAGUGAGCUCAUUGGCUGAGCAGAUAGCCAAUCAGCUUCAAAGGAAAGAACAGCCCAAAACCCUUCUAGACAAGAAGGAACUGGGCUCGAUAAAGAAGGAGUUCCCACAGAACUUGGGAGGCAGUGACACUUGCUAUUUCUGCCGGAAGCGGGUCUACGUGAUGGAGAGGCUGAGUGCUGAGGGCAAGUUCUUCCAUCGGAGCUGCUUCAAAUGCGAGUACUGCGCCACCACCCUGCGCCUCUCUGCCUAUGCCUAUGACAUCGAGGACGGUAAAUUCUACUGCAAACCACACUACUGUUAUCGACUCUCCGGCUCCGCACAGAGGAAGAGACCGGCAGUGGCUCCUAUCUCUGGAAAGGAAUCCAGAGAAGCCCUGCAGGAUGGCCCCACUGUGGACACAAGUGGACGGGCCAGCGCCAUCGCCAGCCCUGCUGAGAGAACUCCAGGUUCAAGUGUGAAUGGUCUGGAAGAGCCUAGCAUUGCCAAGAGACUCAGGGGCACUCCUGAACGGAUCGAGCUGGAGAACUACCGCCUGUCUGUGAAACUGGCCGAGGAGCUGGAGGAGGUGCCCGAGGAGACACAGGCCGAGCACAACCUGAGCAGCGCGCUGGACAAAGGCGCAGAGGAAGAUGUGGCCAGCAGCAGUUCUGAGUCCGAGAUGGAGGAAGAGGAGGAGGAGGAGGAAGAGGAACCCCCUCUGCCCCCCUCAGAUCUGGGCGGUGUUCCUUGGAAGGAGGCUGUGAGGAUCCAUGCUCUUCUGAAAGGAAAGAGUGAAGAGGAACUAGAGGCCUCAAAGAGCUACGGCCCUGGGAAUGAAGAGGAGGAGGAGGAAGAGGAAUAUGAAGAGGAGGAGGAGGAGGAGGAAGAAUAUGAGGAGGAAGAGGAAGAAUCUAGUGAAGUCGGGAGCCAGAGGCUACAGCAGAUCAUAAAUCCGGCCGACCCCUUGGAGAUCCAGGCUGAUGUGCACUGGACACAUAUUCGAGAGAAAGAGGAGGAGGAGCGAAUGGUACCAACCUCUGAGUCCUCCACUUCUAGAGUGCCUGACCUUCCCUCCAUACGCCGCGCAGCCGUGCAGGCCUGGCUGGAGACAGUCUCCGGAGUCCCAUUUGAUGAGAAUGACCUGGAGGAAGAUGUGGACUCGGAGCCGGCAGAGAUAGAAGGGGAGGCUGCGGAGAAUGGGGACACAGGGGACACUGGUGCUGAGCUGGAUGAUGAUCAGCACUGGUCUGAUGAGAUCCCAUCAGAUGCUGAAACGGAGCUUCGCAUGCAGCACCAGGCAGCCGUGGAGGCAGAGCUGGAGCUGAGAGUAUCAGAAAACGAGGACGAACAACCUGCCCCCACACCAGGGCACCAGGAGAGAAGUCCUGCCCAGGUCCCCAGCCCUGCCCCAUCCCCAGAGGAGCAAACUGGUCUGCUCUCCCCCAGCCACAGCCCUGUGGCAGAGGGGGCCCAAAUCCCACCUGUCUCUGUUGCUACCAAGGUGAAAUUGCCUGAGGACAGCCUUUUCCCUGAACCUUUGCUCCCCAAAGUGAAGCCCAAAGCAGAAGUGCCCACUGACCAGAGGGCUGUGCGCUCUCCUAUCCGAUUGCAGCCGGUGGCUCUGCCGGAAGCCAGGACACCUACCUCCCCAGUUAGCACACAGCGCCUGUCACCAUUGGCCACCUCCACCCCCACCACCACCCAGCUCCCCAUUUGCUCCCAGCCUCAGCCUUCCUCUGAGGCCACUGUCCCAUCCCCCACGAAGUCCCCCAUAUGUUUCCAGCCUGUUCCAGCCAAAACAGCCAUCCCUGUGGUUUCCCUCCCCUUGAAGAACCAAGGGGACACCAAGGAUAGACUGGGUAGCCCUCUAGCUGUGGAUGAGGCCCUGAAACGGAACGACCUGGUGGCAGAGUUCUGGAUGAAGAGCGCUGAGAUCCGCCGCAGCCUCGGGCUUACCCCUAUAGAUCGGAGCAAGGUGUCUGAGUCCAGCUUCCCCUCACCUACCUUUAAACCAGUGUCCCUAAAAUCCUAUUCAGUUGAGAAGUCUCCUCAGAGUGAGGGGCUCCAGCUUCUAAAACCUCCACCUGUUCCUAAGAGGCUAGGCCUGCCGAAGCCCGAUGGUGACCAGCCCUCCCUGCCAACCCCCAAGUCCCCAUCUGACAGAGAGCUGAAAAGCUCCCAUGAGGAGAAAAGAGAUCUGUCAAGCAGCUCUGGGCUGGGCCUUCAUGGGAGCUCCUCCAACAUGAAAACCUUGGGCAGCCAGAGCUUCAACACCUCGGACUCCACCAUGCUCACUCCACCUUCAAGCCCACCCCCACCCCCACCCCAGAAUGAGGAGCCUGCAACUCUUCGAAGGAAGCCGUAUCAGACUUAUGAGCAUAAGGAGACCAAGCCCAAGGCCUCAGUGAUACCACCCCCACCACCUGCCUCCUUUAUGCGGGCCCCCCGAGAGCCUGCCCAGCCCCCUCGAGAGGAGGUGCGGAAGUCAUUUGUGGAGAGUGUGGACGAGAUCCCCUUUGCCGAUGACGUGGAGGAUACCUAUGAUGACAAGACAGAGGACUCGAGUCUACAGGAGAAGUUCUUCACACCCCCUUCCUACUGGCCCCGCACGGAGAGGCACCUCCACCCACCCCUAGCCAAGGAGAAUGGUAGGUUGCCUACUCUGGAGAGUGGGGUCCAACCACAGAAGAGGGGCCUGCCCGUAGUCUCUCCAGAAGCCAAGGAACUGGCUGAGGAGCGCAUGCGAGCCAGGGAGAAGUCUGUGAAGAGCCAGGCGUUGAGAGACGCUAUGGCCAAGCAGCUGAGUAGGAUGAAGGAGAUGGAGAUGGCAGCUGGGACCUCCAGGCCCCCAGGAGGCACCUCCCGCAAAGCUUCCUCAGUUCCCUCCAAAGGCAAAGAUCUCGGCCCCGAGUCCCCUAAACGCCCAGUUCUCAAAGGCCCCAGGGAGCCCACCCUGAAGCACGAAGCCACUAGUGAGGAGGUCCUCUCCCCGCCAUCGGACUCAGGGGGCCCCGAUGGUUCGGUCACCUCAUCCGAGGGCUCCAGUGGGAAGAGCAAGAAGAGAUCGUCACUCUUCUCCCCCCGCAGAAACAAGAAAGAGAAGAAGUCCAAAGGUGAGGGCCGGCCCCCAGAGAAGCCCAGCCCAAACCUCCUGGAGGAAGCCACUGCCAAGCCCAAGUCCUUGUGGAAGUCAGUCUUUUCUGGGUACAAGAAGGACAAGAAGAAGAAGGGCGAUGACAAGUCCUGUUCCAGCACCCCUUCCAGCGGUGCCACUGUGGACUCGGGCAAGCAUAGGAUGUCUCCCAUUGUGAAAGCAGAGCUGCAGCUGCGGCGCCAGCUGAGCUUCUCGGAGGACUCGGACCUCUCCAGUGACGACAUCCUCGAGAGGUCCUCCCAGAAGUCCAGGCGAGAGUCGAUUUAUGUACCACUCGCCUUGGCAUUCAGGAGAUCCUAUGCAUCAAAGCCAAGAACUUACACAGAGGAGGAACUGAACGCCAAGCUGACCCGGCGUGUGCAGAAGGCAGCUCGGAGACAGGCCAAGCAAGAGGAGCUGAAGCGGCUACACCGAGCCCAGAUUAUCCAGCGGCAGCUGGAGCAGGUGGAGGAGAAGCAGAGGCAGCUGGAGGAAAGAGGGGUUGCCGUGGAGAAGGCGCUCCGUGGUGAAGCAGACUAUUGGGGAGAGUCUUAUUACAGUGACCUCAUCGACUUGCAUCUGGGUGUUGAGCCCAGUGGCGGGACUCCACGGCGUAGACCUCUCUCCUUCUGCCCUUGCUGUGUCCAGGAAGGCAUGGGCAAGAAAGAUGACCCCAAGCUGAUGCAGGAGUGGUUCAAGUUGGUGCAAGAGAAAAAUGCCAUGGUGCGCUACGAGUCAGAGCUGAUGAUCUUUGCCCGGGAGCUGGAACUGGAAGACCGGCAGAGCCGACUGCAGCAGGAACUACGGGAGCGGAUGGCGGUGGAAGAUCACCUGAAAACUGAAGAGGAGUUGUCAGAGGAGAAGAAGAUCUUGAACGAGAUGCUGGAGGUGGUGGAACAGAGAGAUGCCCUUGUGGCCCUGCUCGAGGAGCAGCGACUCCGGGAAAAAGAAGAGGACAAGGACCUGGAGGCCGUCAUGCUGUCCAAGGGCUUCAGCCUGAACUGGUCCUGAGCUCCAGCUGUGCUCUGGCUGGCUGGUCUGUGGCAUCCACCUGACCCAGGCUGGGUUCUUCCAAACCACCCAGAUGAAAGAUCUCUCAGAAGGCCUGGCACCUCCUGGGAGUUUACAUGCAAAUGUCUAUGUGCCUCUUGAAAAGUGGGUCAAGGUCUAUGCUCUGGGGAACCCCAGGUGAAGAUGAUUAUCUGAGGUGGCUCAGCCUCCUUGGAAGGGGCCCACCCUGACUCCCUGCUCCAGAGAGAGAGAGGAAUAUUUGACACGUGAAGUGGGAAUAAAGAAAACCUGCCCGCUCCCCAAGGCUCCACGGUGGCUGGUGCUCCUUCUACAAGAGGAGACAAGAGAAGGAAUCUGCUCCCUGUCUGUCAAAACCACAGCCAUCAGAGUGCACCUCCACGGAGCGGAGGGGGCGGCGAUCUUCUUCAUGCUUCCUGAAGCACCACCAAAGAAAUGAAGAGGACACCCCGGUGGGGGGGACAAGAUGGGAAGCAAGCCUGGGGAGGGGGGCAGUGGCCCGCAGGUGAGCACCUACCCCAGCAUCACAGGGGAAGCUGGAGAUGGGCUGGCUCCCGAAUUCAUGUUGCAAGUAAGGAGGACCCAGGAGGGGUCUGCUUCCUGGCCCCCUGCACCGCAUACUGGACCCCUCAUGGCCAGAUGCCCCAGGCCUCUCUCUGGCUUUGACCUGAGGCCUGUGGACUGCUGCAUUCUGCUUUGAAUUCACAACAAUUUUCACACUGGAAAAUACUGACUUUGGGGGACAGGAUGAGGCCCUGCAUUUCUAGCCCCCAGUUGGCAGACAGGCGUCGUUACCGUUCAGCGCCUCACGUCGGGGUAGGAGAUUAUCUUUUUCCCUGACAUUUUUCCUGUGUUUGCACAUUGAGAUGAAGCUGUCAGCCUAGCAAGAUGCUCAGCCGCUUCGGACCCUUUUUGUCAAUUAACUUAUUUUUUUAAUACUUGAAAAGAAGUAACUUCAUUUUUAUAUCUUUACUAGAGACACUGAUCACUUGGCACCCGGUGUGGGAGUGACGGGUGUGUCUGUCACGUCCUCCUACAUGGUCCCAUCCCGACCUGACUGAACACUGUCCCAGCCGUCUAUUUAUUAGCCUUCUUCAGAGUGUCACUGACCCAGUUGGCAUCAGGGAGCAGCUGAGACCCCUGCGUGGGUUCUUGCUCCUAGCUCUCCUGUCCCCUCCUGUACUGGGUGUCCGCCCCUCCUCCUUCACCCAGCCCACCCUCACUGUGGUACCAAACUUCGUGUCUGCACCACUCAUUUGUCUAAGGGUACAUUUCAGCACUGUUGGAGGCCAGGCCAAAGGGCACAGAUGCCACUCGCCUCUUCCUGUUGACCCUGGCUCUGAAGAACCCAUUUUUUUUUCUCCGUUUUAGUGCCAGGGUUUCACCUCCCCUCAGCACAUUUAUUAUGAAAGGUGAGCCCUUUUCCAGGCUGGCAGCGUGUGCUGGGACCUUGUAAUCCAUCUGGCUGCUGAGAAUUCCCUCAGCCCAGCCUCAAAGACAACCAGACAGAGAUGCAGAUGUUGGAAUUGAGGUUGGUCUCUCACAGUUGACUCCACCACAAACCUCCUGUGUAACCCUAUCUUCAUGGAAGGCCAGGGAUAAUGAACACCACAGAACUGGCUCCUUGAGUCAAACUGCUCAUUUCUCAUAGUUGAGCCGGAGACCGAUAUCGUCCAGCUAGCUCACAGAGCCACAGUGAGGAAGACCUGGUGACUGAUAGGUAGUCAGCCCAGGGAGAGUUCCUGCCCAGGCGGGGCCAGUCCGGAAGGGGCCUCUGGCAGACUUCUGGUGGAGAGGGGCUGGUGGAGGGCGAACAGAGGGCUGGCAGCUCUUCAGGGCAGCCUAGAUCAGGUGUCUGUGCCAACCUUGGCACUUCCAUGGGAGCCCCACCAUGCCUCAACUUGAACCUUCAUUCCUAGUACAAAGGAGCAGAGAACCUGUCUCACUCUUCACUUUGUCCAAAAGCUGCCAUGGCUCUCCUGUGGAAAUGCAGGAGGGGUGCUGCUAGCAACCGUCACAGCUCUGACUCCUUCGCUUCCUGUUUUCCGAUGAGGUGGAGUGCCUGCGAUUAUUCUUAUUCUUAACAAGGCAAGAGGAGGGUGUUCUAGAUUCUCCCUUUAAACCUCAGCCUUCCAGUAAAAUUGAACUUGAGACAGGACUUUCAUCACCUGUGUGGCCUCGUUCCUAACCCUCUUCACCUCCUGAAUGCCACCGGAACUAGACCAGCCCCCCGGAGAGCCGCCUCCAUCCCUCGAGGCUCUUGCAAACCCCAGAACAAGGCAGUGCUGUGCCAAGUGGCGGCUGCGGGAUAGGGCUGCAGGGAGAUGGUGUUAGUGGCCUCAUAUGGUGGGAACGCCACACGGGACCGUGCACCCCACUGCCGGCCGGGACGGUUAGCCUCUUAACACUCCUGCAUUCCUGUGAAGCACACACGAUGACCUGCGAUUACUAGAAAAGGGACUGAAGACCUUCCAGAGAAGCUUCCAAAAUCCACAAGCCUCCAACAUGUGCCCUGGUUCUCCGCUCUCCACAGUGUUCCUUCCAGCUCUUGCAGCGCACCUUUCCUUUAAAGCUCCCAUUUUAUAACCACUAGUUUGCAGUUUAUUUUAGAAUCCUGGUGACAUGCUGCAUGAAAUGUUUUCCAACUCUGGAAACACGUGCAGCUCCAGGCAACUGUUCUUCCCCAGAUUGAAGUCCCCUUGAAGUCAGGGGAUGCAGGAAAUGAAAUGCCAGAGCUUGAGUGAGCCCAAACGCAAGGCCGAUACAAUGGGCAACCAGCUCCCCAUCACCAGAAGGAAGGCAGCAGGCAUCUCCAUUCCUGAGUCUGCGGGCCUCCGCGUGGGGUUCUCGCCCUGUUUGAGUGAUGUCUUUGGGCCUUUGCUCCCAGAAACCAUCUUCCAGUUGCUUUUGACCAGCAAUGAUAGGUUAUUCUUUUUCAUUUCAGAAGAGAAGAAAUUUUUCAGUGGGGCAGGAGUUAGAGUUCAAAGGAAAACAUUUGAAAGGUGGUAAGAACCAAGCUGCAAAGGGGAAUGGGCCAUUUUCUGCGCAAUAAAAGUUUUUCAAAGAAA